AUGGUGGUGGAUUCAAGGGCUAAGAUGAAUAAAUUUGUGAUGGGAAUGUCCAACAUAGUAGUCAAAGAAUGUCGUACGGCAAUGCUUGUUCAAGAUAUGGAUAUUUCACGUCUCAUGGUGCAUGCCCAACAAAUAGAGGGAGAGAAACUCAAGGAAAAUAAUAGAGAGGUGAAAAGAGCUAGGACCGGUGAUGGAAACUUCUCCAAUACUAGGUCCGAUGGACAAGGUCGACCAAGGCAUAAUUGUGAAAAGUGUGGAAGGAAGCAUGAUGGUAAGUUCCUAGAUGGCACGGAUGGUUGCUUUGGUUGUGGAAAGAUUGGUAACAAGAUGAGAGAUUCUGCGAUGAUUAAGGUUCAAGGAAGAGAGGGCAAGCAAGCUCCUCUUAGCGGUUCAAACUCUAGUGCUCCCAAGAAAAACCGCUUCUAUGCUCUCAAAACACGAGGUGAACAACAAAGUUCCUCGGAUGUAGUGACCAGUAUUUUAAAAGUUUUUCAUAUUUAUAUGAAUGCAUUGUUGGAUCCCGGUGCUACUUUAUCUUUUGUGACGCUCUAUGUGGCAAUGAGAACUCAGGUGGUUAGAUUCCAAUUUCCGAAUAACCCUAUCUUAGAUUGGAAAGGGGGAAAUUCUAUGCCUAGAGGUCAAUUUUUGUCCUACCUUAAAGCUAGAAAGAUGAUCUCGAAAGGUUGCUUUUACCAUGUUGUUAGGGUGAGGGAUGUAGAUUCUAAAACCCCUUCACUUGAGUCGGUUCCCGUUGUUAAUGAGUUCCCAGAAGUUUUCCCCGAUGUUUUGCCCAGUAUUCCUCUCGAGCAGGAAAUAGAUUUUGGUAUUGGCCUUCUUCUGGAUACACAACCUAUCUCUAUUCCUCCUUAA